AUGUACCCAUUUAAGAAACAAUCUGUCUUCAUGGGCAAGAAACCACCAGCACGUAAUCUGCGGCAAAUACUGAAUAGUGAAUGCCAAUAUAACUGGCCAGAAAAUGCAGUUCUAUACAAUCAAGCAGAAGCACCUCCUAGCCUCAAACCUGCAUUGAAAGUAUCCGACAUAAGCGGUAUCCCAUCAAAUCUUCAAGAUCCCACUACAAGACUACGAUUCGCAACCGCCAAUGAAUAUGACCACAUAAAAGACCUUCCAUCCGAUUCCGUGAUAGGAUACCUCAAACUUAGGAACGCCCACUCAAAUACGUUCCUUUAA